AUGCCCUCCUCCCUGCUCGUAGUCGUCUUCGUUGUCGAGGCGGCGGUUCGCCUCAUCAAUGCUAUCGGAGCCGCAAGGAUCAACGAAUUCCUCUGGACGGCGAUAAACUACCUCCCGGUUCCCACCUCCAAGGCCGCGGCCGAGCAACGGAAGCUACAAGCCGACUACCUCAAAGUACGAAACGAGUUGAACGCAACCAGCAGCCAAGAUGAGUUUGCGAGAUGGGCCAAGCUCCGUCGACAGCACGACAAGCUGCUCGAGCAGCUUGAGGCCAAGAGUACGUGGCGGGCAAAAUUCGAAGACUGGGCAAACGACAUCAUGCUAACUACAUAUCUUGCAGAGAAGAGCCUGGAGGGCUCCCGAUCCAAGUUCGACAACAUCUUCAGCGCUCUUCGGCUGGUCUUGACGAAGGCUCCGCAGUUCAUCAUUCCAUUCUGGUAUGCCACGGAGCCCAUGUUCUGGCUUCCUCAUGGCUGGUUCCCAUACUACGCCGAAUGGAUCAUCUCAUUCCCCCGCGCGCCCCUCGGAAGUGUCAGCAUCGCCUCGUGGCAGCUUGCCUGCACCGGCCUGCUGACGCUCAUUAGCGACCUGAUUACGGGUAUCUAUGGCCUCGUUUACAGCACAAGCCAGGCACAGGCAGCCCCUACGACGAAAGAAAAGUCGGGUGCAAGGAAGGAAAAGCCCGUCGAGAGCCAGAAAGAGAAAUAG